AUGACCCUUACCCUUCUGCCUGUUCUGAAGAAAUUUGGUUCUUUCGAAAUGAAGAACAAUCAAAUCCUUGCAGCAGCUAGUCUGCUCUUCACCACUCAAGCCCUCGCCCAAAACGAGAUUUACAGCGGCAGCGGAUUUGGGACGUACUACUACGAUAUUGUCAACGCAAAUCAAUGCUAUACCGACUUCUCCAAUGCCAACUUAGGUCAAGUCGAAUGCAGUCUUACGCAGGUCUGGACGCUGGAGGAUGUCAACUCGGACUACUUGGUGGCCAUGAACCACACCCAGCUUGUCGAAGACAUGGGUAAAUACUGCGGCAAAAGGGUUAUUGUCUCUGUGAAUGGUGUGCCAUCUGAUAUGCCACUCUUUAUCGGUGAUGGCUGUGAGCGUUGUGCUACGGGAUCAUCAACGUCAACUACUUGGCAACCCGACGGUGCACCAGGACUUGAUUUCAGCUACAGCGUCGCUGAGAAAUUGUCGUCCCAGGCAUGUAAUGCCGGCCAUAUUGAGAUUUCAUGGGAAAUCGUUGAUGAGUUGGUCUAUCAAUUUGACUAUGAUGGUUCGGGAGGCCCUCAGGGCUUCGUUACUACUACCCCUGCCGGUCCAACAACAACAAAAGCUACCACUACUUCGGCUGCUACGCACACUGGGACUACUACAAAAGCUACAAUCACGAAGCAUAGCACGACUUUGAAAACUACCACGGCUAGCCCGACUCAAACAAGUGCUCCUUGUCAGGACAAUGUCUGGCAAUGCACUCCAGACGGCACUUCGCUUGAGCAGUGCAUCGGCAGUACUUGGACUAUUCGGGAAGUUUGCCCGUCUGGAACGAGCUGCCAUGGCACUUCCAACCCUUACUGCGCUUAG